GUGGCUAGCUUGACGCGUAUGUUUUCUGUUCCCUGGGGCCACAGUGUUUUCAACGGGACUCAACUUACUACUUACUGGAAUCGCUAUGGCCGCUUGACCCAAAUAUCCUCUUUCAGUUUAUCAUUUGUUAGAAACAUUUGCACAAACUUUUCCAGAUAAACUUUCGUCUUCUGUGUAGUUUUUAUGUCAAGAAAUAAGGAUGCAACCCCCACCGAGAAAGGUCCGGGUCACCCAGGAGUUGAAGCACACUCAUGCAGAGCAGAUGAGCAGGUUACACAUCAAACACCAGACAGAGUGUGACCUCCUGGAAGACCUGAGGACUUUUAGCCAAAAGAGGGCCGCUGUAGAAAGGGACUACGCCCAGGCACUCCAGAAGUUGGCAAAUCAGUACCUAAAAAGGGAAUGGCCCGAGAGUCUGACAGAAGAACAAGCAGACCACAGGAACAUGUAUUGUGUAUGGAGGGCCUAUUUGGAGGGCACGGUCCAGGUCACCCAGUCCAGAAUCAGCGCCUGUGAUAACUACAAAGUCCAGGUUGCCGAUCCAGCCAAGACUGUCAGACUGCAGAAGGAACAGCAGCUGAGGAAGUGUAUUGAUCAGCUGACAGUGGUUCAAGCUGAGCUGCAGGAGUCGGUGAAGGAGCUGACCAAGAGCAGGAAGAAGUACCAGGAGGCUGAGACGAUGGCUCAGGCUGUCCGAGAGAAGGCAGAGCUGGACGCCAAGUCCAAGCUAAGUCUCUUCCAGUCCAGAUCCAGUCUUCAGAGGGCAAGUGUAAAGCUCAAAGCCAAGAGGAGCGAGUGUAACUCCAAAGCCACCCAUGCCAGAAACGACUACCUUCUCACGCUAGCAGCCGCUAACGCUCACCAGCAGCGCUACUAUGACACAGACCUCAUGGACUGCAUCAAGGUCUUAGAUGGCAGAAUCUAUGAGCAGGUAAAAGAUUACCUGGUCUCACUGUGUCAGACUGAGCUGGAGAGUUACCAGGCUGUCCACAACACCUUCAACCACCUCUUGAACUGCUCAAAUGGGGUACUGCAGGAGUUUCACCAGCAGCUGUUUGUACAGAAGAACCUCGUGUUUCAGCAAGCCCCAGACUUCUUGUACCAGCCCAACGACAUGGAUACGGUGAUGCAGCUGCAGAAAGAGAGUGGAACAGCGGAGGAGCACGGCCUGGAUAAAGAGGCGAGGAAAUGGGCGAGCCGUGUGGCCCGAGAAUACAAGAGCAUCAUCCACACUGAGAGGGCCCUGGAGGAAUAUGGGACGCAGGAAUCAUCAGAGCAAAACAACAGUGAGCUGGAGACCAAGAUGGAGGUGGCCAGGCAGAGUCUUCGGAGGGCAGAGACGGUGAAAGUGAAAGCAGAGGCCCGUCUGGACUUGCUGAGGCAGGCGGGUGUUGCUGUAGAAACGUGGCUGAAGAGCGCGAUGAACCAGGUGAUGGAGGAGCUGGAGAACGAACGCUGGAACAACCUCAAUACCCACGAUCCUUCGCUCUCUGGAACAGCAGAUUUGGAGCGAGAGGAUGAGGAGGAGAUGGAGGACAGUGGUGAAGUGUUAGAUGACAGCAGCUCUAGCCCCUCCAGCACCUUGAAAAACUAUCCUCUCACCUGCAAAGUACUCUACUCCUACAAGGCGUCUCAGCCAGAUGAACUGACCAUCGAAGAGCAGGAAAUCUUGGAGGUCAUUGAUGAUGGAGACAUGGAGGACUGGGUCAAGGCCAGAAACCGCAGUGGACAGGUAGGCUACGUCCCAGAGAAAUACUUGCAGCUGCCUUCCUCCAACAGCCUACUGAGUAUGCUGCAGGCUCUGGCCGCGCUGGACGCCCGAUCCCAUUCCUCCAGUAACUCCACUGAACCUGAAACCGAACUACCAACCGGCUCUGUCAACGGAGACUGCAGCGUGUCAUUUGCGAAAGCCCUGUACGACUACGCGGGACAAACGGACGAUGAGCUGUCAUUUCCGGAAGGUGCCAUCAUCCGCAUCCUGAGCAGAGAGACCCACGAGGACGAUGGUUUCUGGGAGGGAGAGUUUAACGGCGUCGUCGGCGUCUUCCCUGCAGUUCUGGUGGAGGAUCUCACCGUUGCCAGCGAGAAUGGAGAUGGACAAAAAGAUGGCAGUGCACAGGCGUCCCCCUCCCCUUUGGCCCAGUGCGACCGAUCCCCUCGUAGUCCCUUCCAGCCGGGGCCUCUCCAUAGCAGCCCCCUUCAGACGCCCACCACGUCCUCUCCUCAGUUGAGUCCCUGCAGCGCCACAGCCUCUCCCAUUGGCCGACCACCCUCCUAUCACAAUGGACAUCACAGGCCGCCACCAGCGCCGCACAAAAGCCCCUUUCAGAGUCCAGUCCAAGGCUCCCCUCAACCUCCCAAAUACCCAGAGAGCAGCUCCGGCACCAUUCGACCUGUCCGUGCUGCUCCUCCGCCCCCUAAGCAGCAUCCUCGUGGGCAGGUGAAGCGGAGGGAGGAGGUGGAGAUCACGCUGGUGUGAAGGUGGCACCCUGGUGGUGGCGGCGACGACGGCUCUGUUCAAACCAGCUGGGACUUGGCGGCUCCGUGCCUCUAAACGCACUCCCAAAGGAAACCCGAGGAAACUUAAACCCCUGGAGGCCAGGAGAGGCCCUACACUCUGUCCUCUUGUCUUUUCACACAACACCUCAUAGGAUUAGUGUGCUGUGGAGGAAUAUUGUGCCUUUCUCUUAACUAUACUCCUUUAAUUUCCUCUCAUGUUCAGUUGUUUCAUUUCUCACACUCCCUUACAGUGUUUGCCUCCUAUUUGACCGAUAAAUAGGGCCGAUAUUGUAACUUUUAUUCAAAGUUAUACAUCCUCUAAUCCAUAUUGGACAUGAAUCGUUUUCAGUCCUGACAAAAUAUAUUGACAACUGACAGAAUAUCUGCUAUUAAUGUCUUCAAAUAUCAGUCCUGGUAUUUCAAAAACGCACACUGCUCAUAUCUUGUUUCUGUUCUUUGCUAUCGCUCACAGUAACUGAUAUAGUGAUAACUGGUAGAUAAUGUGACCACAGUGUAAUACGCUAAUGUAAGAAAUUGAGAGAAAAGGUAACGUCACAUUAUUCGUUGUGGGUGCGAAGUAAAUCCACACAAGUCUUCGAGUUAAACUACAAAAACACACCAGUCCGUGUAACAUAACGUGUUAAAGUGAGAACAAUUAAUUUCCAACAUGGAGGAAGCUAUCGCAGCUCAUUAGCUGAGUUGCACCAUCAACUCCUAUUUAACCUCCUCUGUCGGAGAGUGAUAAUAAUCUUCUCAUCAAAACUCAUCGUCACCAAAAGAAACUGAGUAAGCAUAUUUCUAAAAAUGUCAAACUAUUCCUUUUAACUAACCGUCAUGAGAUACAAAGUCUGAAUUAUGAGAAAACAUCUAUUUUUUCUUCAGUGAAUGCAGCGCUCUUCCAUGCAUAUGUAUAUGGCUGCUGGAGAAUAUCUUUAUUAAUAUAUUAUUAAUACUGAUUUCAACCGCCCAGUUAUGUCUCACUAUAUCACUUACUCUGCGGCUCUCUCUCUCUUAUGUUGAUCUAUCGAGAGUUUUCCCAAUUGGAUUACUUCUAUGCAACAAAGUUACACUUGGCAGGACAUCACUGCAUGUUGUGAACGUGCAACUUCAACACAAACCAAAAGUCUGGUUGUCUCCACACUCGAUCAAAACGCCAGCUUGGACGAGGCUGGUCCUCUCCUCGAACACACGUAACCGCUAACACGGUUACAUAAACAAGGGAAAAGUGGCAAUUUUAGUUGAGUGAUUGUUGUGUCAGUAGGGAGAAUCUCCUAGAAAAGUUGUCUGAUCAAAAAAUAAAUAAAAAUUAUGGAUCCUUUACCUUUUUUUUAAUUGAUUUAAAUUUUAAAACCUUAUGUUAGUUUUCUUUGCACCAAACGCUAAGAAAUUCCUAAAGGGAGAAACGUAGUACUUAUAGUCUAACUUCUUGUUUUUUCUCUCUUGUGUUGUAAAAAUAAAGAUCUAGAAAUGUCAUUAUGACACUAAUGUAGCCGGUGAAGGUUGCUGGUGAGGAGCGGCGGUUUGUUGAGGAGAAGGUUGCAGUUGGUGACAGUUUACACUGAGGUAAUGUGCAGUUUAAACAUGCCUUUAUUUUUUAAGGAGGAAACCAUCCUGAGCUGCUAGCUGUCCGAUUUUAUUAAAAACAACAAAAAAAAAAAUCUAUACUGUCAUAGUGAAGCACUUUUUGAUGUCUUCUUAUUCCUUUUCAGUAUUGUGGAUGCUACGUUUUGUUUGUUGAAUAUUUCUUGUUUGACGUUUUGUUUACCAGCUAUAUUGGUAUGAAUACUUUUUUUUUUUUUAUCGGCUCUUGCGUUAUUUAGCCUUAAAUAGCCAUUGUAGUGUCUUCAUUUGAGAUUGAGAUAUGACCUUUUGAUCGUACUGUUGUUGAAAUACCAAUAGUUUACAGAGAGCUUGGAGAUGGAUAUCUGUACAAAUAAUAGCACAGCUUUUUUUUGUUUUCUUUCCUUUUUUUGUUUUUAUUUUAUUUUAUUUUAUUUUUAGAAUUAUGAUUAAAAAGAAACCUAUUAAACCAUAGUUUAAUUCGAUCAGAGGAAAAGAGAUAUCUGUCAGCCCAUGUCGCUGUGUUCUCGUUGAUCUCCUUGAGAUCUGAAUGACAUCAAACUUAUUUUUGAAGUUUGCAUUUACCCUGUUGUAUUGAGAGGAAAAAAAAGAAGAAGAUAGUCUUCAGACUGAAGUCUCUUUUCCCAAUAGAGAAGUAUGUUAACUUGCUACUGGUCCUGAGUCCAUGUUAAGUCUGAAUCUGAAAUUCAGUGAAAAACUGCCCACAUUUUACAAUGUAAGCUCUGCAGAGGCUGCUGAGCGUCAUAUUUACACACCAGUGGAUGUUUAACUGUAUUUAUUGUGUACAAAUAAAUGUGAAAUAAAGAUAGCUUAAAUGAAA